AUGUCCACUUCUAUCGAUCUCUUCCCCGAGAUCCUCAACCUCGAAGAUCAAUUCUUCCAAGAAGGCUACGUCCUCGGCGUCGCCGACGGUCAGAAAUCCGGCCGCAUCGAAGGUCGCAUUUUCGGACUCGAGAAAGGUUUCUCCAAAGCUAUUGAGAUGGGGAGAUUGAAUGGCAAAGCUUGUGUCUGGGAGGCUCGGACGAACUGUGUUUCGGAUGAGGGGAGUGAGGGUGUAAUGCUUACGCCGCUGAAUGGGAAUGAGAGGUUGAAGAAACAUAUUCAGAGACUGGUGACGCUGAGUGAUCCGGAGGGAUUGUCAUUGGAGAAUGGAGAGGAGGAGGUCAGUGAGUUUGAUGAUCGGUUGAAGGACGCGAAGGCCAAGGCUGUGAUUGUUGAGAGGAUCGUCGGGGAGGGGGAGGGUUUUGGGGAGGGGGAGGGUGUUGCUGCUGCUGCUUCUUCGACCCAACAACGGAAGGUUCCUGUGAGGGUGAGGAGGGGUGAGAAGGUUGGCGUUGCGGGAAAGAGUACGGGUGAGAUGGAGGACUUUGUCGGGAUGAAGGGCCUGCGUGGGAGUUGA